UGUAGGAAAUCUGUGAUGAUGCUUCUGUGCGUAAAUAUCAACCAACCAAACCCAAGUUUGAUACAUCUGUUUCUCUACCACCUGUGAAUUUGGAAAUUGUGAAGAAGCGACUGACUGAAAGAAUAACAUCCUUACAGGAUGUGCACCGUGCCCACCAGAGAGAGUAUGAAAAAUAUAUGGAGGAUAUUGAGAGCUCAAAGAUGUCUGUCCAGGAGCUGGAGAAGUCUUCAGAUGCAGCUCUGAAUUACAAAUUCUACAGGGCCAUGAAAACAUAUGCAGAAAACUUGAUAAACUGUUUGAAUGAAAAACUGAAGGACAUUAAUGAACUGGAGUGGGCUGUACAUGCUCUUCUUCAGCAACGAGCUGUGAGAGUAUCGAAGCGAAGGCAAGAGGAGCUGAAAAAUGAGUCUGCUUAUAUUCAGCAUCUGACAAGUGGGAAUGACAAACCAACAAAAGGUGGAAUGGAAGGUGAUGAGAAGACACAGGUUCUGGAAAUGUGUGAGCAUCGAAGGACUUGCAGGCGGCAGGCGAGGGAGCAGUCAGGAGAAGGAGAUCACCACGAGGGCUUGUCGAGUGACGAGGAGCUGACUCCCACAGAGGUGGGCGAGUUCCAGAAGAGCAAAGAUAACGUUUUAGAGGAUAGUAGGAAAAUCUUUGAAGAUGUACAUGCUGAUUUUUGUGACAUCAGAAAAAUCCUGUUGAAAUUCCAGGAAUGGAAAGAGAAGUUUCCUGACUCUUACUGUGAUGCUUACAUCAGUUUCUGCCUGCCUAAGCUAUUAAAUCCAUUGAUCAGAGUUCAGUUAAUAAGUUGGAAUCCUCUUGAGCAAAAUUUUGCAGAGUUGGAAGAGAUGCCCUGGUUCAGAGCUAUAGAAGAAUUCUGUGUUGCUGAAAAUGUAUCUGAAUCAAAAAGAGAUGAUGAUCAUGAUAAAGAAGUUUUGCCUAGAGUGAUUGAAAAAACUAUUCUUCCCAAAAUUACAGCAUUUGUGAAGAGUGUGUGGGAUCCUUUAUCUACUUCACAGACAAAGAACCUUGUGCAGCUUUGCAGUAACAUCUUUGGAAAACAAAUCCUUUCCAAAAAUGAGUCCAGCCGAGCAAGAGAGGAUUUGAUGAACACAGUUGUCCUAAGAAUGAAGAAAUCUGUAGAAGAAGAUGUCUUUAUUCCUCUGUAUCCUAAAAGCACUGUGGAAGACAAGUCAUCACUACGUUCAAAAUUUCAAGAAAGACGGUUUUGGUCAGCUGUUAAGCUGCUCUCCAAUGUUGUUCUUUGGGAUGGGAUUGUCCAGGAAGACAAGCUCCGUGAUUUGGGACUGAGCAAGUUGCUGAAUCGUUACCUUUUCCUGAACAUCCUAAACACACCACUAGGUCCAGAUAAUAUAGAAAAGUGUAAGAAGGUGGUUGCAUGCCUCCCAGAAAGAUGGUUCCAAGAUCUCAAAGGUGGAUCAACUCUCCCUGAAUUACUGAACUUCAUCCAGCACUUGCUGCAGUGUGCCUGUGCACUACACAAGGACAACCACAGUGAUGAAACAAAAGAAGUUCUUCUCCUGCUGGUGAAAAUUGGAGCUCUGCAUAUUGUAGAAGACUUCAUUGAAGAGCAUAAACUUGAACACCUUAAAGCAGUGAUUGGAAAAUAGAAAUCUUUGAAGGAAUGCUUACAUUACUGAAACCAGCCUGGUAUUCACAUAAACCAGUUCUAAUAUGAAAUUUAAUUAGUAGAUCCUGCCUACUCCAGGUAGUGGUAAUCACUAUCUUGGUGUUAAAUAAAUGAGGUGUUUUUUCCAAAUGUCUUUUGCUACCAUCUACUCCUAGACUAGGGAGUAUUUAGAAGUUGCAGUUGUCAAAGCAGUGGUUCAGGAAUUCUGAAAUGUGUGACAGUGCUUUACUGCUGUAUCAUUCUUGAAAGGAAUCCUGCAAACAGAAAGUGCCUGUGAAUUUCAUCACUGCUAGCCAGUAGACAACUUGACAAGGCAUUUUCACUAUUAAUUGCUAAAUACCAUUCUGACUCAGCAGCCACUUGUGGUCCACAGUGAUUUUUGGUAGGGUUAUUGUUAAGCCAUUCUUAGUCAAAAGGAAUUCAUUAUGUCCCUGAUGCAGAAACAAGAGGGGGAGUCAGUGUGCAGAUAAGGAAUCAGGAUUUUCAUCACACACAUUGUGAUGAUGAGAAGAACAGAACAACUUCAGUUACUUUCUAGUAACUGGAGUUCUAGAUAUCUCCCUUUGCUUUCCAGCAAGCUCUACAGAACUUAACUUCUUCAUAUCCUUAUUAGGAUAUUGCAUUAUUUCUAAUGUUUUAUAAUUUGUAUAUUAUUUCUAAUGUUUUAUAUUUUGUAUAUUUGCAGUAAUUAUUGCUACAGAAUAACAAGGAUUUUCAUUGUAAAAACUGUAGUGCAUCACAGAAUCUGUAUGUUUGUGACUAUUUUUCCAAAAUCUUCUGGGAAUAGAAUUUAACUCCUGUAGACUUAAUCCUUAUGCCUUCUUUUUAUAUUUUUUUAAGUUAAAAAUAUAUUUUUUAUAAAAUAUUUUAAUUGUAAAUAAGCUUGAUCAGUAUUACAGACAAAAGAUUAAAAAUAAUUUGGGGUUUUUUAGAAAAUAAAAUAUUUUACUGUGGUAAUGACUUACAGUUCAAUUCUUUAACAUGUGACAAAAAUGUUUUUAAGAUGUAUGAAAAAAAACCAAACCUCCAGAUCCA